AUGUUUGUACUGUCAGAAAUGAAAGAUGUGUUAAGAGUUACACCUGAACACUUUCACCAAAGUCUUACAGAGUCAAUAACAACUUUAUUAAAUAGAAAACUUGCUAAUAAGGUCGUUUUAAACGUGGGCCUCUGUAUAGCAUUAUUUGAUAUAACCAAUAUCGGUCACUCAUACAUAUUUCCUGGUGACGGAUCGUCACACACUGAAGUGAUAUUUAGGUAUAUUGUAUUUCGUCCACUUGUUGAGGAAAUACUUGUAGGAAAAAUAAGAAGUUGUAGUCGAGAUGGAGUGCAUGUUACAAUGGGCUUUUUUGAUGAUAUUUUAAUACCUGUGAAUGCACUACAACAUCCAUCUAGGUUUGAUGAAACAGAUCAAGCUUGGGUGUGGGAAUAUCCCAAAGAGGAUGGAGAAAAACAUGAUUUAUUCAUGGAUUCAGGUGAAUCUAUUAGGUUUAGAGUAACAAGUGAGGUCUUUGAAGAAAGUUUGCCGAGUGGUCCACCAGGAUCUGAACGUCCCACUCAAGCCGUGGCACCAUAUAGACUAAUUGGUGGAAUUAAUGAACCGGGAUUAGGAUUACUUACCUGGUGGGUGACGCCAGAACAGGAUGAAGGCGAUGAAGAUGAACAAGAAGAUGAAGAAUAA